GUAGCUCAAAGUAAUUUGAAUUAGUUCCAACCAUGCAUAUACCUGCAUCUAUUAUCUUGGUAAUAGCCAUAAGUAGUGUUAAGACUGAAUCAGACGUGGAUCUAAAAGAUAAAGUUGCUGUUGUUACUGGCGCUGCUAGAGGCAUCGGUCGCGCCAUCGCUGACCAUCUGUUAAAAGAAGAAGUAAGAGUUGUGAUAAUUGUCGAUAAAAAUCUAACACAAGGAUUAGUAACAGAAACCGAAUUCAAAUCCAAAUAUGGCGAGGAGAAGGUUUGGUUUAUCCAUGGCGAUAUCACCAUUGACUUGGAUUGGGUGUUUGAUGAAAUAUUUGAGAGAUAUGGGUACGUCAACUUCUUGGUAAACAACGCAGGAAUAAUAAAUGAAUAUGAUCCGGUGUUGACGAUUUACACUAACGCGGUGGGUACAACUUUGUGGUCACAGAAGUUCUAUAAUGCCAUGAGAGUAGACCACGGAGGUAAGGGUGGAACUAUCAUGAAUAUAGCGUCAAUAGAUGCGUAUUCUAUAGACCCAUUCCUAUGGUUUUAUAAAACAACUAAAUAUGCCAUAUACGGACUUAGUGUGGGCUUGGGCCACGAAUGGAACUACAUGAGUACUAAUGUGAGGGUGUAUGCAUUGUGUCCUGGUUUCACCUAUACACAAAUGACGGAUCAACAGAUGGUUGUUGACGAGCAAGUGGAUAUUUUUACUAAAUUUAGAAAAGUCAUAAUAUGGCAAACAGCCGAUCAGGUUGGCCAAGCCGUCGCUAAGUUGUACAAGUUUGCUAAGACUGGUACUGCAUAUACUGUUGAAGGUGGAGAACUGUCUCUAUCUCCACUCGUCUACAACGUCUCUGGUGAAUUUUUACUUAGCCUGGAAUAAAAAUGUUACAAAGCAUAUAUUUAAAUGACCUGCCGCAUAUUUAGGUGACGCAUUAAAAAUAAUGAUUUUAUGUAUUCGCUGUAGCAAUUAUAUUGUUAUCCUUA